GCUCAAGAUGUCCAUCAAACUGCCUUGACAAUCGAUGCCACAUAGCAUCUGGUCACUGUUUUAUAUGUGAUGAUGGCUACCAAGGAAAUGAAUGCGAGCAACCAUGUCAAAACAGCACAUAUGGACGUCAAUGUUCGAAAGUAUGUGGAAAAUGUCGAGAUGGACAACAAUGUGACCAUACAAGUGGAAUUUGUUACAUGGGCUGUGAUCUUGGAUAUUUUGGAAGCACCUGCCAUCAAGAAUCUGCAAUUAGAGUGUCCAGUGGGAAGAUUUGGAGUAAAUUGCAAGACCGAGUGCAGUGUUAAUUGUGGGUUACCUGGCACCUGUGAUGGCGUGACCGGACAAUGUAUUGGGGAUUGUCAGAAAGGAUGGACUGGUGGGACGUGUGACAAACGCGAACAAGGUAAAAGAAAACCAUUGCUUGUUUCAGUCACAUCAAUGCAAUGCAUAUCUAUGGGAUAA